GCUUGGAUACGGCGUCCACGGCCAGUCGAUCUAACUACCAAGAACAUUGGUUAUUACAAAUGAACAUUAUUUUUUUUUAUAUUAGGUCGAGGUCACUCUAAGUCUACUCACUUCACCUUCAUUCAGAUUUAGCCUCUUGAAACACCAUGCCUGUCUACAUCCGCAAGAAUGUCUCUUACACACCUUUGUCUCUGGACAAAGUAGAGCCUGAGGAUGACCAUGACUUUUUACUGGAUCCAGAUCAGUUGUGGGACACUUUACCCCAACCCUACCGCAUGAUCAACAAAAUUCUCUCUCAGCUCAUUGAUUCUGCUUGGGAUAUCAUACAAGACAAGGACAGAGGCCGUACGCAGGAGGCCUUCAGAAUCAAUGCACCAAAAUAUGAUGACCCGGUCAAACUACAGAUCUACCAGUCAGCCACAGCCCUCCAUGCCAGUGCUGAUGGGAAAUACAUCUUUGUUGGCUUGCCAAGUGGGCUGGCGGCCAUGACAGCCCUCUACCAGGAGGUUGUCAAUGUUUGGGAAGAUCCUUUUGCCGAGAUUGUCACUAUCAAAUCUUGUCUAAUUGCAGCUGAUUUUCAUUUGAUAAUAACAGUAGAUAAUCUGGGUAUUUGUCGGCUCCUCCUGUUUGCCGGGGACACACUGUAUUUCCUCAAGGCUAUCAAUGAGUAUCCUUCACAUGCUGAGUCUAAAGUUCUGUGCCAAAAGUGUGAGGCAGAAGGAGGCUACCUUGGAAUAGUCCUAGAAAGUAGUGCUGAGCUCUGGCUCGAGGUCCACAAGUUGCCUCUGGAGAGCUGGCUGCAGGAGAAGGAGAGUCUUCUGGCUGCUGCUGAGGAAGAGAAAGAAAUGGCUCAUGCGGAUCCUAGUGGUGAAACAGGAUCUAUGGAAGGUUCUAUAGUGAAAACUGUGCGCACAAGUGUAGCAAAAGUCCACUUCUCGACGCCUGAAAUUGUGCUAAAGAUGGGCAGCCCCAGUCAGCAGAUGGCCCAGCAGACUGCACUGAAAGGAUUUCCUUGCCAGACCCCACUAGUGGGUCCAACCCCAAUGAAAAAAGACUGGAGCGAGCCGCUGGGUCUGGGUACGCAGCAUGUGUUGGGUGCUGCUCACAUUGAGCGCAGGGACGCCAUGUUCACACACAAGCAUGAGCAGCUGCUCAGCUUCUUGCCACAAGACAAGACAGAGCACACAGCAAUACCAAGUUUCCAUUUUGUAACAGGAAGUAGACUCCUGCCCCAUGACUGGGUUCAAAGUUCAACUGAAAACAAGAAAUAUGUAGCCAUUGCAGUUUGGUGGUCAGGUUUUUCUACACUCUGCCAAUAUUCCCUUCUCAAACCAGCCAAAGACUUGGAGUUGACCCCUGACCUAGUGUGGCCCCUGACGAGUCCCAUCACGUGUACAGCGGUCAGCCCAUGUACCAGUCACCUGGCCAUUGGCUGCAAGAAUGGCAACAUUGUCUUGUGGGACAGGACCCUGGGCCUGCUGAAGGCUGUUGUAAGUGGGAGCUGUGACAGUGAGAUCAAAAGUCUGAGAUUCCUCAACCCUGCGCUGUUCCCCUCUGAAAUUUCCUCCGAGACGUAUUCGCUGAGCUCUGCCACAUUCCUGCUGGCCGAGUGCUGCAAGGGCUCCCAGAUGUUGUAUGACACAUGUCAUGGCAGUCAGCAGAUUCCUCGCUGUCUCAGCACAAAGCCGGAUAAUGAAGAAGAGACACAGACAAUUCUUCAAGUGCUGCCUCAACUGCCUGACCUUCUUCUAUAUGUUGAGAGAAAUGGCCGCCUAUUCAUCAAAGACAUCUGCAGUGGGGAGACAGUGGCCCAGAUGGCGCUGCCUACUUCCUAUCAUCUACAGUCUCCAUGGGAACCAGUUUAUGCCGUGGGGGCUGGAGGACAAAUUUUGUAUGUCAAAGCUGAAGGAACCAACAAGACAGAAGAUGGCGCCACUGAAGACACCUCAGCCAUAUUUAUCUAUCUCCUGCGCUCCUACCCCCCCUUGGAUCCCUACUGGAGUAAUUACAAGGGGAGCAAACCCUUAGCAGUCUACACCACACAGGAAGAAAGGAUCAACACUCUCUUUGCUAGGAGGGUGCAGCAACAGAACCUGAGGAAGUUCCACCUCCAGACCCGCUGGGGUCAGCUGCAGUCCGAGCUGACCCGCCUGGAGAAGAUGAGCAGCGCCAACACGGUGAGAACCUCUCCCGUGAGUUGAGACCAUCUCCAUGGAACUCUGGAACUGGGUGUGGCUGAUGGAUCAAUCAAAGCACGCCUGGAGAAACUUGUUGCAUCCAAGUCACGUGAUAAGGGAGAAUCUUACCUGUCAUUGUGUACACAGCAAAAUUUCUUGUCAUCCAUAGAUGUCAUCCAUAGAUGUCAUCAUAUUUGGUCAUGUCCCUAAAUUUCAUGUCAUCCAUAGAUGUCAUCAUAUUUGGUCAUGUCCCUAAAUUUCAUGUCAUCCAUAGAUGUCAUCAUAUUUGGUCAUGUCCCUAAAUUUCAUGUCAUCCAUAGAUGUCAUCAUAUUUGGUCAUGUCCUUAAAUUUCAUGUCAUCUUUAGAUGUCAUCAUAUUUGGUCAUGUCCCUAAAUUUCAUGUCAUCCAUAGAUGUCAUCAUAUUUGGUCAUGUCCCUAAAUUUCAUGUCAUCCAUAGAUGUCAUCAUAUUUGACACUAAUCACUGGCACAGUUGAUACAAACACUGACACAACACUGACACAGUUGACACAAACACUGACACAAACACUGACACAAACACUGACACAUUUGACACAAACACUGACACAGUUGACACAAACACACUGACAUAGCUAACACACACACUGACACAUCCAGUGGGAGAGUAUCUGCUGGUAUCUUUAGUUUUAUUUGAUGUCAUCAUAGAACCCUGGUUUAC